AUUAAAUCCAUUUGAUAUUUAUAAUAAGGAGUUAUCUAUUAUUGGGGUUAAAAUCAACCCGUUCAGUUUUCCUAAGGCGUUGGGCAUACUCAAAUCUAUGGGAGACAGGUACCUUAAAUAUGAAAAGCUAGGUGUCAAGACUUACCCUCUGGCAGAUUACCAGCAAGCCUUAGAUGACCUAAAGGCUGCGUUUAGUUUUUCUCACCACUACAAUCAGUUACCAAAGGGUAAAGAGAAAGUUCAGUGUGGCACGCGUACUGUAGAUUAUACUCUACGUAGGGGUAAAAUUGUUGGAGGCUCCGAAGCGCCCUAUGGAGCAUUCCCUUGGCAGGUGGAGAUACAGAUGCUAGAUACAGAUAAAUUGACGUUUGAACAUCAUUGCGGUGGAGCUGUCAUUGCUGAGAGACUUGUAGUAUCAGCCGCUCAUUGUUUUGAUAAACAACCAUUGCAUUUAGAUCAUAUUAGGAUUCUGGUUGGAGAGCACAGAUUGAAGAUGCAGGAUAAGCAUGAGAACAGAUUCUUGGCGGAGAAGGUGGUUCCACACCCGGAGUUUAGAAAGAAUGGACCUCAUAGUAACGACAUCGCGGUUGUUUUGGUUUCAAAAUCCGGUGUACAAUUUAAUUCCCACGUUCGACCUAUCUGUCUUCCUGAUAAAUUUGAAGCAAAUGGAAGAUGGUGCGCAGUUAGCGGUUGGGGAUAUCAAGAAGAGGGUACAGAGAAUUUUUCACCAGUACUAAGGGCUGCUGCAGUACCGGUUUUAGAUUUGGCGACUUGCCGCAGAGAUAAAGUACUGGGUAGCUGUAAACAAACGAUAUUGGACUCUAUGAUAUGCGCUGGUGCAUUAUCGGGUGGCGUCGACGCUUGUAAAGGUGAUUCUGGCGGGCCAUUGGCAUGUCUUGGCAAUCGUUGGCAGCUGACUGGCGUGGUAUCUUGGGGCGCUGGCUGUGGCAGACGAGCGAGGCCGGGUGUCUACACUAGAGUAGCAUAUUAUGUAGACUGGCUAAGAAGCACUGCCGCUCAAAUGGGACAAAGGAUAGCAUAG